AUGGUUGUCUACAAUCAUUUUGCACCAGUGGGACAAUUUGGACAAGUUGGCUUGAGUUAUAUGGGCACCACAUAUGUCCCAUCCGGAAAACAACCUGAUUGGAAGCAUAACCCUGCAUCUUCUGCCAUGGGUGCUGGUGAAGGGGACAUGAAAAACAUGAAUAUUGUUUCGGCACAGCGCAAUUCCACCAACAUGCCUGCUAUCCAACAUCUUGCCCCUGGUUCUCCACUUUUGUCAAUGGCCCCGCCUAUGGCCAUGUUUGAUGUUUCUCCUUUCCAGUCUUCCCCGGACAUAUCUGUCCAAGCUCGCUGGCCUCAUGUUCCUGCAUCCCCUCUUCAAUCUCUUCCUGUGUCAAUGCCAUUGCAACAACAGGGAGAAGGUGUUCUUCCAUCUCAGUUUAACCAUAUCCUUCCUGUUGACCAAUCAUUAGCUGCCAACAGGUUCAAUGAGUCUCGAACACCAACUCCUUCUGACAAUAGACGAAACUUUCCUACAGCAACCAAUGCCACCCUCAGCCGGUUACCAGAUGAACUUGGGUUGGUAGACUCCGGUGCCACCAGUGUGGGUACUUCAACUCAGAGCAUUGGUGCUAAGAGCUCAUCUGCAAGCACUAUUCCAGAGGCUGGCAAGACCGAUGUUAUGCAGAAUGGCAGUGUUAGCAAUGGUGGUGGCCAGAACUCAAGUUCUGUUUUGAAGACACAGCCUUUGCACCAGAAGAAUACAUCUGCCCAGCAUUACAAUAACUCUGGGUACAAUUAUCAGCGAGGAGGCGGAGGCACUCAGAAGAAUAGUUCCAGUGGUGAAUGGUCUCAUCGUAGAAUGGCAUACCAAGGAAGGAAUCAAUCUUUGAGUACAGAAAAGAACCCACCUUCAAAGACGAAGCAGAUUUAUGUAGCUAAACAGGCCACACCAGGAACAUUGAAACAUCAUGAGGAACAUUGA